UGAACUUGCCCUUUUAGUUGUCCUACAAAUUUUCCCUCUUCUGUUAAACAAAUUUGAAAUGUCAUCUUUAGUCGGCCAUUUUUUUUGAAACAAAAACAAAUCAUCUUCGGAAUAAAUUCUUAUUUUGCAUUGCAAAAUUAUUUAACAAAAAUAAGAUAAAAACAAAUGGCUUCCGAAGGAACAUUCGGUUGGGAUCUUCUGUUCAAAACCGUCGAACCCCAAGUUAACAAAAAUACCGACAUUCUAAUUGCAUUGACCCAUUUUGUUCUUCUUAAAUCCAAAUUACGUUGCAUUGGAGUUGGUGAAGACAAAACCCUUUCCGAAGAUGAAGAAAGCUCAGAGUUACUUCCACAAGGCUGGAAUGAUUCGGAGGAUAAGUAUGCAUUGAGAUACAUUCUGGACAAAAAACUUUAUAUGCUUCUAGCUACUAAGUCGGAGAAUAUUUUCAUUAUAAAUCUUUUAGAUGUCGAAACCAAAGACGUUUCGAACUUGGCCCUGGAAUCAAAUGAAUUGGUAAAAGCUCUAACAGGUACUCUGCAGACCAUGAUUCCCACAGCAUCAGCAGUAAUGGAUCGAAUCAGAAAAGAAUUAAUAAAUCCGGUUCUAACUGGCUCAACAAAAGCUGUUACAACUCAAACUCCUCCCGAACCCAGACGAGAUAGAAGAGAUGAUGAUUAUGAUCCCUUAAGGAUAGCAGGACCACAUUUUGCACCUGGUUUACGUGGACCUAUGGGAAGUGACCCUUUUGGAUUUCCACGAGGCGGCAUUGGAAGUGGAGACUUGGAUCCUCUCGGACGUGGUGGUGGUGGAAACUUAGGUGUUCUUCCACGUCUCGGUCCACAUCGCGGCGGUGCACGAUACGAUCCAUUCGGACCAGGUCCAGGAGUACGCCCUAAUCCAAACAAUGAUGAAUUCCAGCCUCCAGGGUUUGGUGACUUCAUGUAUCAAUAAGACUUUAAUUUGGCUUGGUAGUUGGAUAAUAAUUUUAUAUGAAUAAAAAAAACAUUCUAAACAGUUA